AUGGAGCAUAAGUUGUCUAAAGCUCAACAAGAAGCUAAAACAUACGUAGAAAGACACCAGCUCGAAAAAGUCGUCGGACAAAUGUUAAAUGCUUUAGUUCACGCUAAAGAUCCUUCUCCUAUUGUUUUUAUGAUCAAACAUCUAGCAACGUUAUCCACGCCUCAAGAAUUGGCUGAAGCCGGGAUUUCAAUAAACAUGCCAACUCAAGCGAGAGAAUCAAUUAUUCAAGAAAAACCAUCCCCUGUUGAAGAACAAGAGCAAGCCCCAAUAUGUCCUGAAUUUACUGGUUCAUCAAAUUCUUUAGCUUAUAAGUAUUGGACUAAUGAUCUGUGAAGACAAAUUUAUGAUAAAAAGACGUCUAAUGGGUUUACAGCUGUUUCUUGCAUUAAUCCUGACAGCAAAGCGAAAUUUGGAAUCGUCGCAAAAGAUGCAGAGUGCUAUAGGACUUUUGAUUAUUUAUUCAAAAAUGUAUAGUUUUAUAUGUGAGGGUUAAAUAAUAUGCAGCCAAUUUUUAGCUUUUAAUUAUACUAGAUAUUUUUAAUUAAAAAUUUAUUUUCCUUGAAAAGGAUAAUUGAGGACUAUUAUGGCAAAGAUUUGAAAUAUAAAGAUGGUACUGAUGCUGAUCUCCCUUCAUAUGAUCCCACAAGUGAAUUUGUCCAAAACUUAAGGAUCAAGAUAAGCAGAAAUAUCAAAGGACAAAAGAUGGUCCCAGGAAUGAAUGAUGACGACAGAACAAAACUUGAACAAACCCUAAGACCUGUCCUUCAAAAAAUUGAAGGAAAAUAUUUAGACAUGGAAAGCGCUACUGAUGUCGAAAAAGAAGAACUAAGCCUAUAUUUCCCUGCAGAGCCUGGAAAAGCUAUAGGGGAUUAUUAUUUUUCAGCCCAAAACUGGCCUCAAGGCAGAGCAGUUUUAAUUUGUCCAAAUAAAAGCUAUAUUUGGGUCAACGCCAAAGAGCAUAUUGAAAUAGUAGUCAUAGGGUAUGGAUCAGAGCUGCAAAGUGCUUGGAAUCGUGCCCAUGAACUAUUAUCCCUUCUCCAACAAGAUUUAGAGUUCGAAUUUGAUGACGAAUAUGGCUAUUUGAAUUCAGUGAUCAGCGAAAUUGGAACUGGAACCAACAUCAGCGCUUUUAUCCAAUUUCCUUUAAUUGCUAAACACCCGAACCUUGAAAACUGGGCAAUUCAGCAUGAGUUGGAUUUAAAAAAAAGAGAUGAUGGCAAAAGUAUUGUAAUUUUUGAAAAACCAAGAAUCGGCAAAUCGUCUGCAGAAAUUGUGAUUGAUUUUAAUAGAACUAUAAAAGAAGCAAUUGACUGGGAAAAAGAGCUGCAAGUUUUGUUUUAUCCAAAAAUUGAAGGAAAUUUAGGAAAUUUUGUAACUGAAGAUGUCUGGGAUAAUUUCAAAAAUUCUUCAACUUCUGAUGGAUUUUCUUUUUAUAGACAUAUAUCAGCAGCUAUUGAAAAUCCUGAUAAUGGCUUUACCCUUUGCUCAAAAGACAGCUAUUCUGCCUAUUCUUCAAUAAUUACUAAUCUCUGCCAAUCACUAUACAGCCUAUCCGAAUUCACUUAUCAAAAAGACUUAACUGUUCCUGAUCUCCAAGAGCCUGAUAAUGAUGGAAAAUAUAUUAAAUCAGUCAGGCUUACUGCCUAUCGUAAUAUUGCAAGCUUUCCAUUCACCUCAGCUUUGUCUACAGCCCAACGAGAAAGUGUCGAAAGUUCUCUUAAAUCAGUCUUAAGCCAGCUCAGUGGCGAUUUAGCUGUAGAUUGAACCCCAAUAACUGAAAUAAAUAAAAGCGAAUCCAAAAGACUGAUAUCCAAAGGAGAAUUAUUUGCAAAGCCAGAAGGCGGAAGAGAAGGAGACUGGCCAGGAUAUAGAGGAAUCUUCAGAAACCCUAAUGGAGACUUAAUAGCAUGGGUAAAUGCUACUGAGCAUUUAACUAUAAUUUCAAAAUCACAGAGCUCACAAAUGGUGCCAAGAAUCAAAAAUCUGGUUGAUACUCUUACACAAAUUGAAGCUAAUUUAGAAAUGUGGACAGACGGGCAGUUUGGGUAUCUGGCUUCCACACUUUUAAAUAUUGGAACUGCAUUAGAAUUAACUGCUGUGAUUUCUCUUUCUAAUGCACCAUUACAAGAUGGGUUUGAUGCGUUUUGCAGUGAAAAUAAUAUGGCAUACACAAGAGAAGGAGAUAACCUUAAUAUGUCGUAUAAUAAGAAGUUCGGAGUUUCUGAGGCACAGAGCUUUGUGGAGUUUGUGAAUGGGUUGAAAAAUUUGGUGGCUUGGGAAGAGCAGCUAUCGCAAUCUUAA